GCAAUCUAGUUAUCUAGUGAGCUAUCAAGUUCAAUUGAAAGGAAACUUUAAAGCUAAAAGCUUCAUUAAAGUAUUGUGUGAAACUGUAUAUAUUUGGACAAUAAUUUUGUUAUAUUAUGAUAGCUUGUAAUAGUAUAAAUUUUAGUAAUUAGUAAAUAAUUUGAUAAAUACUGUUUAAUAGGCCUACUUCAGCAAGUUCAGUUUAAGGCCUAAUACUGUUUAAUUGGAGAAGUGGAAAAAUCAUUAGGCUACCAAAUAUUAAGAUCCAGCAGCAGCAUGGAGAAGAAUGGCUCAAAUAUAGAAUUGAGUGAUUAUGGUGCCUCCAGCUCUGGGCUGGAGAGGGAUCCUCCGCGUGGUAUAUUACGGGGAGGCACGUCAGCCAGCUUCCACGGGCCUAAUGGACACACUAACUCAGCGAAUGGACGAAACGUCGCCUGGAAUUCUCUUCCGUCUUCUCCAGGUGUACACGAGAUGCUGGGAGCGCCGUGCGGCAGCGAUGCAGUGGGCGCUGCUGUAGGAGACUGGCAGCACACGCUGGCCCUCAGACGGCGGCAGGGGCUGCUGGCUGACACUGACAGCAUCGAUGGCAUCGCUCAGGCCAUGGAGGGCGACAGCGACCUCAUGGCUGAUGACAUCAACGGAGAAGUCAAAAGAAGGAACGCCAUUCGCGAGUUGACGCAGCCUCUGGCAUUGCGCAAAGAAAUAAAGCGCCGCUUAACUGCCUCCUCAAAACGACGGUCAAAGAAGCUUUCUUUGUGGCAGAGAACGAAGUACUCCAUCAGCAUGAGUGCCUUCAGGAUGAGUGAGCGCAUGAAGGCGGCUCUGCACGACUACUCGUUGUGGCACAACGACCUGAAGAUCAUAGAGGGCUCCUACGGCACUGGCAUCGGCACUUACUUUGUCUUCCUGCGCUACCUUCUGCUUCUGAACCUCUCCGUGGCGGCCUUCUUAAGCCUUCUGCUGCUGGUCCCUCAGCUGGUGGGAGAGCAGCAAGGCAACGUCAUCUACUCUAAUUCAAGCGGCGUUGAUGUGCUCGACGCGAACGCGACGCUCGCUCAGCCGCCGUUCAAAGGCUUCGACUGGCUCACCGGCGCGGGAUGGCUACUGUGGACGGAGCUCUACUAUUCCGGCUACUCGAGCUUCAGCGUUUGUAUGAACACGGACUGCACCAGCUACUAUGACAUGCGUCUCGCUUACAUCUGCUCCAUCGUAACUUGCUUCCUCGGCUGCAUCGUUGUAAUCGCGCGCAGGGUGAUCAACUUGUACAAAGAGCACGCCAUGAACAACGUAGGAGACGAGGUGGGCACGACUAUGGCCACGGUCGUGUUCAGUCUCUGGGACUGCGGCAUCACCGAAGAGCGAGCCGCCAAAGUCAAGCAUGGCAGCAUCUACAACGAACUUAAGGCUACGGUGCUGGAGCUGCAGCAGCUGCAGCAGACGGAGACACGCUGGCAGUGGGUGGGGCGUCGCGCGGUGCAGGCGCUGUGCUGGUUUGUGGUGCUCUGCUUCAUGGCCCUCCUCGCCUGGUUCGUCUACGAGCUCCUCGAGAACUUGCUGGAAAACUUUUACGAACAACAAAGCCAGCUGGACGGCUACAUGUCGGAGGUGGGGACGUUGCUCGUGUUCCCUGUGAUCGUGUCGUUCAUGUUGCUGCUGCUGCCCAUGAUACUCGAGCACUUCGUCAAGCUCGAGCGAUACUCCAACACGAGGAUUGAAGUCGCGGUCACUCUCAGCAGGACGACGCUGCUGGAGCUGCUGGUGCUCACGACGCUUCUUAUCUUCUGGUACAAGAAAAGCCCGCACGUCGAGGAUGGACAGACGCAAGCAUCGUCUUCUGGUGACGACGAUGACGCCACUUGCUGGGAGGCGUCGCUGGGCGCCGAACUGUACCGCCUCACCGUCGUGGACUUCCUUGUGCAAUUCCUUGGCUCUGCGUUCCUGCUGGCGGCCUUCAGACUUGCGCCCUCCAACCGAGUGCUGCAAGUGAUGGGAGAGUUCAGCGUGUCACGCAACACCCUGCACCUUGUCUUCACGCAGACGCUGGUCUGGGCCGGACUGUUUGUUGCACCUCUUCUCUCCAUGGUCGCUGUCAUCAAGUUUGCUAUGCUCUUCUACCUGCAGAAAUUGCUGUUGCGGUGCUCGCUGCCGCCGCUUGGCCGGCCGUGGCGCGCCGCCCAGACGCAGACCGUCUUCUUCGCCCUGAUCUUCGUGUCGCUUAUCGCCACGGCCCUCGCUUCAGGAUUCAUUAUGAUACGUAUGGAGCUGUCUCNCUUGGUGGGCACGUGCCCGUACGUGCACGUCUUCUGGGAGCACGUCGACCAGGACGACCAGCUGUGGCUGCUCGUCCUCCUGCAGUGGCUCGUCAAGCCCGCCGUCGUGGCCGCCAUCACCGUCUGCCUCAUUGUGGCGGUGUACUGGGCGCGGGCGAUGGCGCUGGGCAGGCAGGAGCUCGUGGCCGUCCUCAGGCGGCAGCUCGAGCUCGAGGCCAAGGACCGCGCCUUCCUCAUCGACGUCGCUAAUAAAAUUGCCAGCGGUCAACCGUGCGUGGGGGUGCGGGGUGCGAUGUACUCCCCGCUGCCCGGCCCUCCCCCCGCAGCCUCAGGCAUCACGCGAGGCUCCUUUACGUUCUCAUCGCCGCACACUGGCAGCACCGAAUGCGUCAACGAGAGUUCAGUCUUCUCUUUCUCUCCUCAAUCUCCCCAGGCCAAUGGAAACAAUUCCAUGGCGCCUAUGGACAGCUCAAGAUCUUGAGACUUGCAAGUCAGAGGAACAUGCCGCAAGCAAAAUCUUGUCAUUACAUAUCUUUUAUUUCAGUCUACUUCUUUGCGAAUAUGCCAUGUAAAAAUGAUUUCUCGCCGUAUACGUACCUUAGUUUUUUUGAAUUGGCAAUAGAUUCAUUUAUCGGUAAGCCUCCUAACUCAUGAUAGUGUAUACAUAGUCAAUAAUUAAUUGAAAGAACAAGUUCAGGGGGUCGAGUCUACUAUUAUCUUGCAUGAGGGAAUCCUUGUAGAAGUGUUGCUCGCGAAGAAGCUCGUCGUUCAUCACUAGGCAGCAAAAUCGCCUUAAUUGCCUCUUGUUACAAAGCUAUUCCACGAAUGCAAGUAAGGCUAGAGGCACGUCAUUUCCUUCCACGUCUUCCUGGUGAAGGAAAAUGAGGCACAAAACUGUCGCCUGUUUCUGAGCAGCAGCGCAUUUAAAUCAUACCUGCUACGCUACCAAAGGGUUCACAGCAAACUGAUUCAGGCGCAGAGGCAUUCUAAUUACUAUUUAAGUGGCCGGACUUGAAUUACAUUUUUCUGAAGCAGAAGGUCGUAAUGAUCAUAUUGUCUAAUGACCAGUGUGAUUUAUAUUUAAUUGGCCUAAAUUAGUGGCUGAUUCCUAAUCGGCAAUUCUAUAAUUAUUUAUACUCUAGGCAACACUAUAUUUAAGAUCAAAAUAUGAAACCGAGGCCUACAAGUAUUCUAAAAAGAACAUAAUUUAUGCGAAGUAAUUCUAUAGAAUCUGAUUGUGAUCUCCAACGAUUAGCUUAUAAGGUGCAAACGGAACCUCGAUUUUAAGGUUUAAAAUAAAUAGAUUUUUUUAAUUUGUGUAAAAGAAUCUUGAGAGACCAGAAGCGAGUUCACCAAUACGAUCCAAGAUUAUUUGCUUCCCUUUCUUUAAUUCGUCGCACUCACUUCCUUAUAUAGUUGAACGUUAUAUAGUUGAACGUUUGUCUUAUAAAUUGGUAAAUUUCCCCUCAAAAUUAGUUGAUAUUCAUGAAAUUACUGAUUUAAUGGCCACUUCUCGAAUGGUUUACUUCCCGACCGAAGUGGAUUAUUUCAUUCCAGUUUGUAAAAGUUGCCUUUGUUGAUGAGAGAACAAAAAACAGAUUCUUGAACUUUGUCAGGGUCUAUUUUCUUUAUUUAUAUGACAGCGAGCUUCUAGUUUUAUUCAGAAGAUUGGUGGAGCGGCUUACAAACUGAAGAAGUUCAAGUAUCAGCAUUUAUCUUCCCUUCAUUGUUGCUUAUGACAGGAGCACAUAUUUUGCCAGGUAUAACUUAAUGAUGCGUCGAGUUUCAGUUCACCUGUAAAUAUUGUCCAUGUAAAGAGUCAUAAUAACUCGAUUUUAGUAGCAUGAUUAACAAGUGUGUAUUUAUGUUGUAAAAUUGAUCGAUAUAUUUAUUCCUUGUCGUUCAUUUAUCAUUGAAGUGAGUUUCUCCAGAUGAGAAGAAAAAGUCUUCAAAUUCUAUUUAAUUGUGAUCAUUCUAUGUCUGUAGAAAGGCUUCCUCAGCUCGUUUCCUUCAAUUAUUUUGAUUGAGAUUUGUUUCUGAUGCAACAAUUCCCACUAGAAUAAGAAAUUACGUUCCAAAUCUGAUGGUCACAUCACAAAAUCUUCAUCCUAUUUAGUCAUUUCAUCACAAAUUGAACAAAAAAUAACAUUCGUGAGUCACGCGGUAUUUACGCAAGUGUUCUUAAAUAACGUAUCUUAUCCCCUGCUACUAUACUCCAACAGAGCUCGAUGCUCUGUGAAAGCUCGAUGUGGGAACUAUUCUAUUAUUAUUAAUAGAAUAGUUCCCGUUAAUUAUUAAUAAUGUUAUUAUUUGAUUAUAGCUAUUAUUUGUAUUCUUGAACUAUGAUGUUACUCGGUGGCUAUUAUUGAUUGAUUCUUCUCAAUGUUUCCCUUGCAUUUAACGAAGUAACUGUUCUUUUCUGUUGCUAAUAUAUAUCAGCGCUUCAUUUCGGCCUCAUAAGCAAGCAUAAUUGAGACGCCGGCUGCACUCCCUGCAAUUCGGCUCGGUCUUCAUGCACACAGAACUAGAUACGCAGUCCUGUAUUGCUGAGCGUCACAUGGAUAAAAAUUCUGUCGCUUUUUGCUGUUCAUAAUAACCGUAUUUAUGCAAGUAAUUACCUAUUGCUAUUUCAAUUGUUACUCAGUCCGCAAUUGUCUACAAUGAUUCCAUAAAUUUUUGCUAUGUGAUGAUAUCAUGUCCCGUAAGUCGUUGACUUCGAUGGCAUCAUUUGAUAUGUUAUGAUGCGUAAAUUACCGUCUCCCAAAUCAAGAUCUAUUUGCAUUUCAUUUCAAUAUUUCGUAUUAGGAGCAAUAUGAGUAACGUCCCGUUCUUCUCGACAUUUUUCCAGUAUAUUCAUUGUUAUCUAACGUUACAUUUACUGCGAUCAAACGUUAGUAUCAAUGUUCUGCCAUAUUUAGGCCAGUAAACUUAUGAAAAACGCAUCCGACGUUCCUACGUAGUACUAGUGAAGAGCUCAAUUUUAUGGUUCCUGCAAUCGUGCGCUCAAAACCAUACAUUAUAUAUUUUUGUAUUACAUGGUGUAUCCAACA